AUGAUGCCAAAGACCCUCGGAGCACCACCUCCUGGCCUGCGCUGUCCGCCAGCCACGAGUGCGCCGGGUACCGGGGUCCGCUGCCGGAGUGUUCUCACCCUCGGCGGGAUCGGCCCGUCCCCAGUGCGGGUGCUCCGUGUACCUAGGAAAGGUGCCUCCAGGGCCCCGGGCGGCGAUCAGCAGCCCGCCGCCCCCGGCCCUAACCCUGAACUGGGAGAUGCGCAGACGUGCUCUCGUUCAGAGUUUGCCUCUCAGCCUUUGUCCUCCAGACGAAGUCCCCGGUUCUCAGAGGGCCCCCCUAGGGACACUGCUACCUGUCCUGGACUGGCCUCCAGCUGA